AUGGCAGCUCCAUCAAGUGCUGAUAUCAAGAAUCUCCAAGGGAAAUGGGUCAUGAACAAAUCCCUUUCCGAUGCUUUCGAUCCUGUUCUCUCUUUACAAGGCAUCGGCUGGUUGACACGAAAAGCCCUCGGCGCUGCAACGAUAACUCAACACCUUUACCAAUCUCCCACAACAGGCGAGGACAACACCCCGACUACGCACAUAAAGAUCGAUCAACUCAUCACCGGCGGUCUCAAGGGCUCCGUCGAGAACCGCACGUUGGACUGGCACUACCGCGAGCACACUGACUGGCUCUUCGGCACCGUCAAGGGACGAUCUCGCUACUCUACCAUGGCCAAGACAGUGGAAGAAGGAAAGAGUGGAGGUGCAAAGGAGGAAGACAUCAAGUUUUUGGCUGAAGGGUGGCUAAAGGAGACGGAAAACGGAGACAUCGUUGAGAGCUACGCGGAUAAUGAGGGGAAUGCUUGGACUGCGUGGCAAAUCUGGGGGUUUGCAGAUAUUGGUGGUGAGAGGAAGUUGACGAGGAAGUUCGUGGUCAGGAAGAAGAACAAGGAUGAGGUUGUUCGGGUUAGACUCGUGUAUGACUACAUUGGCGCGUUGGAGUCCGAGUAG